AUGAGUAAGGUAAAUCAGAGAUCCAGCCUACACCUCAACCCCCCUUCCAACUCUAGCAAUCUUACUUCUACCCAAACUUGGACACACACUCCCUCCCUUGACUCCCCAUGUGCUAAUGGAGUCAUGGUGUACAUGAGUUAUUUAAGCAAGACGGAGCUACAAACCUUCAAGGAGCUGUUGAUGGAAAAGAAGCUCCUGCCGGACUCUCUCGGCAUCACCUGGAAGCAGCUAAACAGAGCCAACUGGGCAGAGAUGGUUCAUCUCUUAGUAGAGUACCUGCCUGGAGCACUGGCCUGGAAUGUGGCUCGUGAAGUCCUCGAGAAAAUGAACCAGAGAAGGAUUUCUUCCCUGCUACGGGAAGAGUUAGAGGACAUUCUUCCUACCUUGGAACCAACGGACUCCUAUCUAAGGAAAACACCGCUGAGUCUGACGAAAGAAGAAAACGAUAAAAUAAGGGAGUACAAACGGCGUGUGAUGGGAAAGAACUUCCUUGUGUGUGACACCACCGUCUGGCCUGGAAACCAAGCAGACUUUCUGUACAUCAAUGUGAGAAACCACGAUGCAAUCUUGCCAUGUCUCUUCCUACCCAGGAGCCCCCAGGGGAGACAGCCUAAGAUAGUGGUCAUCCAUGGAAUUCCUGGUAUCGGAAAAACAACGCUGGCCAGAAAGACAAUGCUGAUGUGGGCGCAAAACAAGUUCUACGCACACAAAUUCAAGUUUGCUUUCUAUUUCCACUGCCGGGAGCUGAACUGGGUGGGAGAGCGCAGCUUCUCGGAGCUGAUUGAGGGCCAAGGGCUUAGGUCUCAGGCUCUCGUGUCUAAGAUUUUAUCCAGACCAGAUCAACUUCUGCUCCUGUUGGACGGCUUUGAGGAGCUCACAUCUUCCCUCAUCAUAAGACCAGCUGAUCUGGUGGAAGACUGGAACCAGAAGUUGCCUGGGGCUGUUCUCCUGAGCAGCUUGUUAAGCAAAAGGAUGCUUCCAGAAGCCACACUCCUGAUCAUGGUGAGACCGACCUCCUGGAGAGGAGUUAAAGUCUUAGUCAAGCGUCCCUCCCAUGUCACCCUGACUGGAUUUAGGAGGACGGAAACGCUCGACUAUCUCAGGUUGUAUUUCAAAGACAGAAUGAAAAGGAAUCAAGUUGUGGAUUUUGCCAUGAAAAACACCAUUCUCUUGUCCAUGUGUCGGGUCCCUGUGGUGUGCUGGAUAGUGUGCCAUUGUCUAAGAAAACUGAUGCAGAAAAUGGUAAAUCUCACAGAGGCUUGUCCAAAUGCAACAUCUGUGUGUGUGUUGUAUCUGGCUACCCUGUUCCCAACCAUAUGGAAGAAACUUUCCGGCAGUAAUUACCAAAAGCAAUUGGAAGGUGUGUGCCGUCUGGCUGCCCAUGGUGUAUGGGACCUGAAGAGUGUGUUUGAUAAGAGUGACUUUCAGCAUGUCAAGGUGGCUGAGGCCACCAUAGACGCUUUCCUUCAAGUGAACAUUCUUCGAAAGCUAGAAGACCACGGAGACCGUUACGUGUUUGCCUUGUUUAUCUUCCAGGAGAUUUUUGGCGCCCUGUUUUAUGUUCUCUUUUUCCCCGAAAGAAUUAUAUAUUAUCACCCACUGAGCCAAGUGGGCAUCCAGGAUCUGAUUGCAAUGUCGCGAUCCAGAGAAAACUGUGAGACUCAGAUGGGGCUUUUCUUAUUUGGUCUUUUAAAUGAAGCGUGUGCUGGCAUCGUGAUGAGGUCCUUCAAGUGCAGAAUAGGCUUGGGUAACAAGAGGAAGGCCAUAAGUGUGAUAACCCAUUUGAAUGACUAUGGAUGCUAUGACUGCUCCCAGCUCUUCCCCUGCCUGACGGAAAUCAGGGAGGAGAGCUUUGUCUGCAGUGCCCUGGAAAGCUACCAGAAAGUCUUUUUGAAACUCAGGAGCCUGAAGGACCUUCAGCUGUCUGCGUUUUGCCUUAGGCGCUGCCGAGGUUUGGAGAAAGUAGAACUGACUCUGUCGAGAGCCUUCUACCAGGACCUUUGGCCGGACUCAGCAGAUCCUACCCAGAGCACUCAACUGAGAGAGAAUAAGAUCGUCUUCAGCUGGUGGGAAGAUAUCUGCUCUGUGUUUGAAACAGAAACAAAUAAAGACCUGGAAGUGCUGAUGGUGACUGACAGCAUCCUGGAGGCCCUGUUCAUACAGAUAGUCACUACUACCCUGCAGAAGCCCCAGUGUAAAGUGCAAAGGUUACAUUUGAUGCAUGUGAGUCGCAUGUUGCAUAAAAACUUAUUCCGUGUUUUGAGUGAAAACCAGCAUCUGAGACAGCUGGGAGCAGAGCACACAAAACUGGGGGAGGAGGCCGUGAAAUCCCUGUGUAUAGCACUGAAUCACCCCAGUGUGCUGAAGAACUGUGAAGCCACCUUUAUAGACUGGAUUCUGCUUACCAGCAAUCUUCAAAGGAACUCGCACCUGAAGGCUGUGCUAUUGACAGCAAGCCCCCCAAACAUUUUUGGGGUGAAGUACCUGCUGCUGAGUUACCUCAGGGAACUGAUGCUGGAGAACUGCAACCUCACUGAGAACUCUUGUCAAGAAAUUGCCCUCUCUCUCAGCCACAGUAAGCUGCUGACCCACCUGAGUCUGGCAGAGAACGACUUGAAGGAUGAAGGAUCGAGGCAUAUCUGGAAUGCUCUGGAACAUUUAAUGUGUCCUUUGCAAAGACUGGUGCUGAGGCAGUGUUCUUUGACUUCAGCAUGCUGUAAAUAUAUGACGUCACCUCUCAAAAACAAUAAAAGCCUGCAAAGUCUGGACCUGAGUUUCAACAGGCUGAUGGACGACGGGGUCAUCCUACUCUGUAAAGCUCUGGAAGAUACCAACUGCAACUUGUUGGUCCUGGAGCUGGAAAAGUGUUGGUUCACCUCCGCCUCUUGCCACACCCUGGCAUCCAUGCUCUGUAGGAACAGGAAGCUGAGGUACCUGGACCUGAGCAAGAACAUUAUCAGAAUCAAUGGCAUGCUGACCUUGGCCCUGGAGUUAUUCAGACAGAGGCGGGCAGAUGAGGUUGUACUGUCGAAGAAAUCAAAUAAAAGCCUAGACAUGUACACAAGACUAAAGGGCCCAGAGGUAGAGAGUGACCAUCUGAAGAUCGUGGAAGACUGGAACUCUUGUUACCUCAAGAUGCUAUGA